AUGAUGAAUUUUAAACGGCUUUUGCAUCCUCUUUUUAUUUUGGUUGUUCCCUUCUGUAUACUUUUGUUUAUUCUUGUGAUUCUCCUGUUCCGACUUCCGGAAAUCGCUGAGUGGGUCUUUUUGAAAUUUUUAUUUCGCAGGGAUCAACAGGAAUUUUUCAAAAUUCCUAGGGACUUACAUGAUUUGAAAUUGCUUGGUGCUGCACUAUUGAAAUAUAAAUGCAUUUGCUAUUGGCGCAUUCUUUUGACUAUAACCGUUGUAUAUAUAUUUCUACAGUCUUUCAUGAUUCCUGGUUCCGUAUUUUGCAGUUUUUUACUGGGAUAUCUAUUUCCCAUUCCAUUGGCUCUUUUCGUGAUUGCCUUCUGUUCAGCUGUUGGUGCAUCAUGCUGCUAUGUUAUUUUCGAUUUUAUUGGUGGCAAUAUAAUGUUAAACCUCUUUCCUGAGCGUAUUGCAGCGUGUCAGCAAAUGAUGAGUCGCUUUAAAAGCACUAUGUGUUUAACUAUAUUUCUUUUUCGAUUGAGUCCCAUCAUUCCUAAUUGGUUGAUCAAUAUUAGUUCACCGUUACUUGGUGUUCCUUUGGUUGAUUUCUUUGUUGGAACCUUUAUUGGUGUCAUCCCUUUAUCGCUGUUCUUUGUCAAGGCUGGAACAAUGUUGCAGGAGUUAACUGAUAUUGGCGUUACUUCCGUAGCUUCCGUAUACACCCUGGCGCUGUUUGCUGUGAUUUCUAUUGUACCCAUUAUCUUUCGAAAUCAGAUUGAAAGUUUCUUGUCGGGCUAG